AUGUCUGAUACUCUUUUCGAUUUAAACGCUCAGAUAGUGAUUCCUGGAGAUCUGCUACCAGAUCAUAUUCAGGACAAUGAUUCUGAGUUAGUGCUAGGCCCCGGAAUAAGUACUGAUACCUCUUCUAAUACCUUGAUACCAGUAAACCCAGGAUAUUUAAGAGUGCAGCAAAAAUCAAAAAAAAAAAAGAUAAUCUUUGUUGAUUCACCUUCAAAAAAUUAUACCCCCAACUUGAACGAUUUGGUUAUUGGUGUUGUGCUUGGUACAAUCGGAGAAUCCUAUAAAGUUUCCUUGUCUAACUUCAAACCAUACUGUUUAUUAUCUUUUUAUUCUAUUGAAAAUGCCUCCAGAAAAAAUAGGUUGAAUUUCAAAGUGGGUGAUUUAGUCUAUGCUAGAGUCUCUAAGGCAAAUGUUCACAUUGAUGUUGAACUUGAGUGUCUUAAUGAAGUGACUAAUAAAUCUGACGGUUUUGGUUUAUUAGACAAUGGUUAUGUAUUUGAUACCAGUUUGAAUUAUGCAAGACAUCUAUUUUUCAACUCAGAUAACUCGAUAUUAACGAAUCUAAGUAAUAGAUGUCGAUUUGAUAUUGCAAUUGGAAUCAAUGGCAAAAUCUGGAUCAAAACCGAUGAUCUAAUAACAACUUUAGCUGCUUCGAUUUAUAUACAAAAGGCACAAACAGUGCCCGAAGAGCAGUUAAAUUCUUUGUUAUUUAAAACUUUUAAAAAUUACGAUCUAUAA